ACAACAUACCCCAGGAACCAAACAGUAUCAGGAGGAACUGUCACAUUUGAAUGUGCUGCUGAUGGUAAACCAAGACCAACAAUAACAUGGGAAAAGAUUGGAAGCUCCCAAUCUUUCUCUCAAGGGAGCCCGCUAACAAUAACAAAUUUUGACGACUCCAAAGUCGGGGUCUACAGAUGCACAGCCAAAAGUAYUGGAAUAGCUGAGAAUGCUAGUGCAACUGCAUUUGURCAGUUUUCAACAUGUGGAUCUGGAUGUGAUAAAGAGGAGCUGGCGAUCGAGUUCACUAACUUGACAUACAAUUAUGAAUAUGAAAACCCCAGCUAUAACAAUCACAAGGAGUUAAAAAACAAGAUUGAAACUGAGUGCCUUAUUGCAUAUGCCUUGAAAAGAAAAACCAUUCACAAGUGUGAAGUAAUAAGAUACAGAAGAGGGAGUGUUGUAGCUGUGGUAGAGUUAGGAUGGCCCACAAAUACCUUUGAUCGCAAGCAACCUCUUCUGCAAGCAAUAAGUGAUGGAAAUUUUGCAGRAUACAGAGUGAAAACAUCAUUUGUCAGUCCAACAUCGAUUACAACCCUCCCUCCAACACACUCCUCAGCACACCCUCCGUCACAACCUGCAACACACCGCUCAGCACACCCUCCGUCACAACCUGCAACACACCGCUCAGCACACCCUCCGUCACAACCUGCAACACACCGCUCAGCACACCCUCCGUCACAAGCGGCAACACACUCACCAACACCUAGUCCUCCAAAAGUCUCUCCAGAAAGCACUGCAACUUGUUCAAUAGCCGUAUCUUCUUGUGUGACUAUCAUUGUAUUACUUGACUUGUCCAGUGCUGUAUUGGGUUUCCUAUUGUAGAAGUAGAGUUCGAUUCUAAAAGAGGUUACUAAGAACAGUAGUCGGUUAGCACCGACCCCAUACCAGUACARUCAAUGACAAAAUCCUAAUUUUAAUGGUAACAAGACAACCAGAAGUACCCUUGGCGCCCCUUUACGACGACGUUUUARAUGUUGGCGGCARCUUUGCUUCAGAAYCCCCCGAUCAACUGUAUCAAACAUUGGACUUCAAUUACMAACAACCAUACCAGACAUAUCAAAYCUUGGAWGCCGCUGGAUAAARUGUUAACUCUCCCGUGGAGACCUCAGUUUCAGAUAAUUAYYAAACACUACAAGGUGCAAUGCCGCCAGCUAUCUAUGGCCAACUAAAUAAGGUGGCGUACUGCAAUGUAYAUAACACUCAAGAAGACUUGGCAGCAUAACCAGUAAAUAAGUAUAGAUAAGAAGAUUGGGAAUAGUUUGCAAUCAAAUGAAAAUAGUGACUCAAAUCGUUUCUUAUCUGGAAAGAAAAUGACGGUUAAAUUUAAGUUGGUGUAACAAUUACUUGAGUUCAAGCUAUAUUGCCCAUAUAUCCACUAUGAUAAAAUUGUAGCAGCCGUAAAGACAUGCAAAUUUAAAGAAGAAAUAUCGUUAGAAAAAUAAACACGGCUUGGCAAGAUAUUUCUAAAGAGAGGAAGAAGGGAACCGAGUUGCAUUUAUAUAGGGUUAUCAAUAAAACAUUCAUUGUUAUAUGUAACUAUCAACUAAGUUAAAGAAAAAUAUAUAUAAACACAAAACAUUAAAAAAAAAACAAGAUGAUUAAGCACCCUUGCUGUCAACAAAUUUUUCAAUAAAAAUAACAAUGCUUUGUCUAAAUUUCUUAACGUGGUAGGGGGGAGUUCUUAUAUAGUGCAUUUUGAAUUAUCUUAAUGCGCCACUGGUUUCAAAUUUGAAAAAAAGCUGGAAUCUUAAGCCCACUGUUCUAUCAAGGCGAAGUUUUUGAACCAUUUUUAGAAAGCCGUAUUUAYGUACAUCUAGCUCGUCCGUUCCUAGAUGUCGUGUGUGAGUCUUAGUUCUUGACUGCAUAGCCAACUAACAUAGCUAAUUGUGGAAUCUCGACAUUUCUUCCAGCACGUGAAUGUUGCAAAUUAUUUAUAUUAAAUCUCUGAAAAUAUCA